AUAGGUACCGUCGGUCUGGUGCGAAGAAAUGUCACACUCCUGGUUAGCAGGGAGGGACAGAAGCUUUUGGUGGUGUUACAGUUCAGAUGAUAGAAGGAAGUGCUCACAGGCUGAAAAUAGGCUGAGCUGAAGUGCAAACACAUCUGACAGACACUGACCGACAAUUAGCACUCAGCUGUGUGCCAAAGGAUUAAUACUGACUGAAUCAUGUCAGACAGUAUACUGGAAGAAAUCUUCAUUAAACGAUCCCAACAGAAGAAAAAGACCUCCCCCUUGAACUACAAGGAGAGAUGGUUUGUCCUCACCCAGGAAAAAAUCUCGUACUAUGAUUUUGAUUCGGACAAAGGGAAGCGAAAAGGUUUGAGGGGAUCAGUUGACCUGGAGAAAAUCAAGUGUGUUGAGACAGUCCAGUCAGAGGCCAAUACUCCUCAGGAGCGCAUGUUUGCUUUCCAGAUCAUUUAUGAUGAGGGGCCGCUGUACAUCUUUGCAAAGACUGACGAUAUCCGAGCUCAGUGGAUAAAGAAACUCAAAGAAAUGGUGCGCUUCAACAAGGAUCUCAUGCAAAAGUACCAUCCCUGUUUCUGGGUCGACGGGGUGUGGCUGUGCUGUCAGCAGGAAGUUAAACAAGCUAUGGGUUGCAAGGUACUGGAUAACAAGAACGGCUUUACAUCUAAACAAUCCCGGCGAAGGGGAUCCAGAAAACCUCUUCCACCUACUCCAAUAGAGGAGAAGUCCAUUCGGCCUUUACCUCCACAGCCUCCUGAGCCACCCUCCCCAUCUGUGGGCAUGAGCGUCAUAGCAGAGUAUAGUUACACACCCAUGACACCCCAAGACCUGGAGCUAAGGAAGGAUGAAGAAUACACCAUCCUGGAGAUGUCUGAUCAGAACUGGUGGAGAGCCAGAGAUAAAUAUGGAAAGGAAGGAUAUAUACCUUGUAAUUAUGUUGUGGAAGCUGGAAAUGGGCUAGAAAGAUUUGACUGGUAUUCCAAGAAUAUGAACCGUAGCCAGGCAGAAAAGCUGUUAAAGACUGAGAACAAAGAUGGAGGCUUCCUGGUACGGGACUCAAGCAAAGCUGGGAAAUACACAGUGUCUUUGUUCAGUAAGGGCGGCGGGGAAACUGGGGGAAGCUGCAGACAUUACAACAUCUGUACCACCGCACAGGGACAGUUUUACCUGGCAGAAAAGCAUAAUUUCAGCAGCAUCCCAGAGCUCAUCAACUACCACCAGCACAAUGCAGCAGGUAUGGUUAGCAGGCUGAAAUACAUUGUUUCUAACCGGGCAAGGCCGCCAUCAACAGCAGGACUUGGCUAUGGCGUUUGGGAGAUUGAUCCCCAUUACCUCACCUUCAUCAAGGAGCUUGGCACUGGUCAGUUUGGAGUGGUGAAGUAUGGAAAGUGGCAGGGCCAGCAUGACGUUGCCAUUAAGAUGAUUAAAGAGGGAUCCAUGUCUGAAGAUGACUUCAUAGAAGAAGCCAAAAUCAUGAUGAAGCUUCGCCAUGAAAACCUGGUCCAGCUGUACGGUGUGUGCACCAAACAAAGACCCAUUUAUAUCGUGACUGAGUUCCUGUCCAAUGGCUGUCUGCUGACAUACCUCAGAGAGGGCCUGAAGCAGCACCCGACAGCCGUCCAGCUCCUGGAGAUGUGUAAAGACGUCUCCGAGGGCAUGGCCUAUCUGGAGUCACAGCAGUACAUCCACAGAGACCUGGCUGCCAGGAACUGUUUAGUAGAUGGGAAUGGCACCAUCAAAGUGACUGAUUUUGGACUGUCAAGGUAUGUCUUAGAUGACGAGUACACCAGCUCAGCAGGUUCCAAGUUUCCUGUUCGCUGGUCACCUCCUGAGGUCCUCCUCUACUGCAAAUUUAGCAGCAAGUCAGACAUAUGGGCAUAUGGGGUUCUUAUGUGGGAGGUGUACACUUUGGGACAGCUUCCGUAUGAGCGACUCAACAACACGGAAAUAGUGGACCAGGUGUCCCGGGGCCUGCGUCUCUACCGCCCCCAGCUGGCCAAUGAAAGGGUCUACAGCAUUAUGUCAAGCUGCUGGUGUGAUAAAGCUGAUGAGAGACCCACCUUCCAGGACCUGGUGCUGACUGUUCAGGAUUUGCUGUACGAGCUUCAGUAGAUCUCUAAAUAAUCACAAAACACCAGCAGUUUACUUGGAUCCCCACAGGGCAGCAUCUCCGACCGCCUGUCCCUAGAAAGUUAACACAGUCGUGUGAAUAUUUUACAGCUUGAACAUGGGACUGCACAGCUAACAGGUCCUCUGUAAUGUGAAUAUGUGCAUUGUGAAUGUCACUGUAACUCAUUGAUUAGAAUGUCCUAUCUAAAAGCACAGUCCCACAGGCUAGCGUUUAAUAUGUGUAUAUUUUAUUGAAGGUUAUCUGUCUUUAUUGUAUCCUGUGUACUAUAUUCUGUGGAAUAGCUAAAUGUAGACACCUUUGCAGACAAGCUUUGUGAAAACAUACCUAUUGCACAAAUAAAAGCCAAGUAAGCCAGGCUUUAAAA